GAAAACGGCUGGGACUGGGGACCGGGGUCUGUGGACUAGAAGCUAGAGACUAGAGAAGAUUGCAGUAAAAAUGCUGUUUAGAAUCCAAUAGAGAUUUCAGUUUGCUAGGAGACGAUCGCCGAACGAGACCGUAGCAGAAUAUUCAUGUCGCGCCGUGGCUAGACAUUAGAAAUAUAUAUAUAUAUACCCUUAUAUAUAUUCAUGUGCUACCAGCUGGCAGUGGCAGUUUUGAGUGCGGCACGACGCGUCAAGUGAAAACGAAUUAUAUUAAAUAAGAAGACAAGCUAGAAGAGAACGAACCGGCAGUUUCCUGACAACCCAUUCGACAAAGAUGACGACCCCACAGUUGCUCAGCAAGAAUGUUCGAAACAUGCCCAACUGGGUGAACGAGGCGAAUGAUCGUAUUGGACCUAAACCGCCACCCACGCCGCCAAAUGGUGUGGCGGGUGGACCGGCAAAGGCCCCGGCCUUGCCUCCCAAAGCGAAAAAUACUCCCGAGCCAGAUUACGAAAUCAUUGAAUUCUCCAACCAGCAACAGUACUCCAAUGAACCGAUGAAGACCACAGUGAUCAGGACCAAGACACCAGACAACAAGCUAAAGUGCACCCUUUGCGGCUCCCAGAACCCCUGGGUGACCUGUUCGGAGUGCGCUGGCCAGAUCUUCUGCGCCUCCUGCGAUGACAUGUUCCACAAGCAUCCCAAGCGCAAACAGCACAUGCGAAAGGCCGUCGAGCAGGGCACUCCGCCCAUUCCUCCCAAGGCGCAGGCGGGAGGAGGAGCUCCUCCGCCAGUGGCGCCACCGCGUCGUAGCAAACGUGGUCUGCUGACCCCGUUCCUGGGCCGCAAGGAUCAGAUGCUGCCGCCGCCCUCGCCCACGCCCUCGCACAAAUCUCUGGGCGGCUGGCGAGGACAACUAGGGGGUGGAGUCACCCCACCACCCCCUCCUGCAACAACACAUCAUCAGAUGAACAACCGCCCGCUGCCAGAGCCGCCGCGCAGCGAGGCGGGAGGAUCCUCGAGGUCAGGAACCCCAAAGUCCGUGUUUGAUGGCAUCCAACGGCCGCCUUCAGUGCAGCUGGAGAAGAUUAAGAGCAAGGCCAGCGCCACGCUGGACCGUAUGGCCAUUCUGCAGCAACGGUACCGCCAGCAGAAGGCGCGCCAGGAGCUAAGCGCCAACAGUGAGCAGCAUCUGCUGAAUGGAGCCGGCUUCGAGCCAUGGUCAACCAUCUCACCAUCGCCAUCGCAUUUUCGUUCCGGCAGCAUGUCAUCCGGUCUGAACUCAUCCCAUUUCGAUCUCUCGGAUGACUCACACAACUUUCACAAUUCCUUGCUGCUCCAACGACAGGCGGCGGGUGCCCAGCGGCGCCAGAUGAGCACCUCGGUGUUCAACCUCAACACCGCCACCCCCCGCCGCCCUCUGGCUGAGACGCAGAACGGCAAGGCCUGGUUGGCCAACCAACGGAUGCAACAGGCCCAAUCCCUGGCGCAGCUCAACUGCGCUGGUUGCCAGAGCCAGCAGCCUCCUGGUUGGCAGCACCAGCAUCUCCACCAGCACCCGGACGAGUGGUCCCAGUUUGGUUCCCAACAGCAGUUCAACAACUCGAAUCUAUCGCUUAACUUGGGUCCUGGCUACCUGCCCCAGCACCAUCCACAUCAGCAUCCCCACUACCCGCCGCCUGUUUUUAUGACCCAACGAGGAAUGAUGUAUCCAGGAGCACCUGGCUAUCCCAUAAUGCAUCCAGGAGUCAUGGGAAUGCCACCAACAGCCGCCUCCCGGGCCACAUCCCGUUCCCGCUACGCUGCCUCACCCACGCCCAGUCGCAAGUCGUUGUCCUUGCGGAGAAAGCGCACCAACUAUGUGGACGAUGAGCUGACCGACGACGAGGAUUCCGACCAGGACGAUCGCCGAUCUAUGGUCUCAACCCGAUCUGGUAUGACCAGUGCAUCUCGAUCGCAGCCACAUCACCAGCCCCGCCAGAGGCGCCUUUCCAGUGCCUCUCAGCUAAUCGCCAACGAUGAGCUGGAUGGCGAGCAGCGGCAUGGAUCGAGGCAGCACAAGAUACGGGAUAGGCGCGGUUCGGUCGCAAAGUCAGUGCAGAGUGAGUGGCUACCGGAAAGACGAGACUCCCAGACCAGCAAUGGUGGAACACUCACGAGAAAUAAGCCAGCUACGGAUUCGGCCCGCACCAGUCGCAUUUACUCGGACCUGGAGUCGGAGGGCUCAGGUGCCCGCGCGUUAGUUCAGGCAAAAAUCCAACAGAAGCUCCAGGAAGCCGACCAACACAAGUCCUCCAAGAAAGUUGAGCCCAAACGCAAGCCAGAGAUGAAGGAUGAGAACACACAGGCAGCGGCAGUCGUACACAAGGCGCCACCGGCACCACAAGCUCAAGAAGAGAGCGCGUCGGAGUAUGAGGAGGUAGUGGAGGAGGUUACAGCUUCAGAGAGUGAAGCCGAGGCUCAGCUCGAUCCCAGCCAGGAGGUACCGGCAGAGGCUGAGACCGAUGACUUGGGUCCGCCACCCUCCACGCCGGACCACGAAUGGGAAUGCGAGUUCUGUACAUUUGUCAACGAGCCAAACAUUAAGAUCUGCUCCAUCUGCUGCAAGACGCCUAGCAAGCCGCCAGCUCAGGCCAACAAAGCCAAGAAGGUGGAAGAAAUCCCACCACAGCAGACAAAACCACAAACCCAAUCUCAACAGCCUGCUAGAACCCAGGUGGCUUCCCAGCCGGAAGUCAAGCUGGUGCGAAAGUCCUCGCUGAAGAGCCAGCAGCCCAGCCAGAAGAUAAGCAGUGGUACCAGCACCGCUGUCCCAGUCACGAAAAUAGCUCAGCCCACCAGUAAAUCAAGCUCAAACCACUCUGUAGGACCUAUUAAAACCUCAAAGAUCACGUCGAGUAUUCCUGUUCCAACACCCUCAAAGUCAACACUGAAAAACUCAUCCGAAAACGAGUCCGAUAACGCCAUGUCCAAGGGCUUCUUGCACAAAGAGUCCGUUGAAAACAUUUGGAAUACGCUGGAUGAGAGCAUUCAGGCGCAGGCGGAAAAGGUACUCAAGCAGGCCCAGAAGGUGUCCACGGGCUGUGGCGGCACUCCGCCCCGGGAAGUAGCGGCUGUCGAAAUGGGAACUUCGCCGCCUCCUCAGAGCAUUUCCACUCAAACCUAUGAUGCUCUACCAUUUAACAAAAAGCAGGAAGAGAUACCUUCAGAUCGAUUCAGAACCCCGGAACCAAUUAAUCUAGAACGCCGUCCACAUUAUCGCAGCAACUCGCAGCUGCCAUUGGAGAGUGAGCGGUAUCGCAGUGCCAAUGAUCUUAGAUUUCAUGAUGGCUACGGCUUGGAUCCCUACAAUGCUGGUCAGGUCACCAGGCGACCCAAUUUUAUAAACGAACUUCGAAUGCUGCAACAUCAAACAUCCUCUCCCUUUGAUCUGCCCAAUGAAUCCUAUGGUCUGAAACACGAGCCGGCACGAGAUCCGGAAACAGAAAUGCACAUUAUUCUCAAGGAGCUGGAACUGUACAAGUUUACCAUCGAGGAGCUAGAGGCGGCUGUCAAGUACUGUGCCCCCGAUACCCAUCCCAUUCAGUGGCUCCGCGACAACUGGCAUAAGCUGGUCCAGACGGUGCAGAGCUUGUCCACCAAGUACGGCCAAGAGCGGGGCGAGAACACGAUUGGAACAGUGUCCCAGAACGAGGCACGGGAGGCGCUGCGCAGCUCUGGAGGAAACGUAUGGCAGGCGGUGGCCGACUGUAUCCAGCAGCGGCAACAGAAGUACAGGAAGCUGGCCAGCAAGGGAAACUUUCUGCGGGAUGACAUCGUCAACGCGCUGACAGCGCACCAAGGUAAUGUGGAGCAGGCGCUGCUGGAGCUGAAUCGCACGCAACUCAAGCCAUUCCUAAUGCGCAUCUGGGGCUCGCCGAAUGGCGUUGAGAACGAUAGUGGUGUGGCCAUUGACACCAAGUCGGAUAUCCAUGAAUUUUUGAACAGCCACGCUUUGGAUUGCCUACAGCCCCCGGUGGCCGGAGAAAGUCCCAGUCCGGGCAUAGCCCACCCAUUUGAUCCCAUCCCCGCCGAUGAUAGCCCGGCCAAGUCCACCUACGCCACCCCCAGUCCCUACCAAAUGGAGGACAGUACCCUGAAAAACCUGGAGAUCCUCAUCGGCAACAUGGAGCAGAACCAAGCCAAGCAAAACCAAGAGGUGCUCCGGUCCAUCGAGAGCAUGCUGGAGACUUUCAAGGGCAAGCCAGAGCUGGAAUAUGAAACGGAUCCAGAAGUCAUGCGCAUUCUUACCAAGAGUCCCAUCAGCACUCUGAAGCCUUCGGGUCCCAUUGAAGAUAAGUCCACUGACGACGUCAAGAACUUUGUUUGGCAGCACAUCCAGGAUAUAGUGCCUAACCUGGUGCAACAGGUCGAACAGGAGCUCAUGGAGAAAACAGAGCCAGAGGCUCCAGUAGAAGCCACUCAGCCCAAGCUGGAGAAUGCAGAGCCACCACCUGAACCGGAACCAACCCCCGACCCUGGCACCUACAUAAUGGAGGAGUUCAUAAAGCCAAACAUUAGAGAAGCCUCCUUUCAUGAGGAACUGCCUCCUAGUUUCAUCUAUGCCACGGAAAUAGCUAAUUUCAGGUUAGAGUUCGAUCGAGGCACUGAGAGGCUUCAUGAGGCGGAAUGGGAAUUCGAUGAUUUGGAAGAUGCCGAGCGUAUAGUUUACAAAAGUUUCAUUGCGCCAAAAGAGAAGACUCCAGAAAAAGAAACCAUCCAACCUGCAGAAGAAUCUGUCUCAACUGAAACUGCACCGCAAUCCAAUCCGGAAGUCAGUGUCAUUCAGCAAAAGACUGAAAACGCGGAAGUAAUAAUACCAUCUGAACCCUCUACUGCGACUUCUAACAACAAAGAAACUGCUGUGGAGGAGGAAAAAGUAAUUAGUGUGGAAAAACCUCUGACAAUCAAAAAACAGCCAAAUAAUUUAGAAACCCAAGCCGAUUUGGAUAACAAGCCUUCCACGAGCAGAGAAGCCAGUCGGAAAAAUAGACGCUCCCAGCAGCAAAAGAAAGGCAGAUCCCGAGAACAAAGUCAAAAACCUAUAAAUAGAGUAAGGUUACCACAAAGUGUAGAUGGGAAAACCAACAAUACGACAGAGUUACCAAAAGAAGUACCUUUACAACCAGAAAUAAAUAAUUUGAAGCCCGAAGAUGUUGCUCAACAAAAUACGGUGGAAGUUCUGGCUGUCUUAGUUCCCAGUAACUCAAUAAAUGAUGCUCAGUUUCAGACGAAUAAUGUAGCUUCCCAUCAAGAUAUUUCUGUUGCUGAGGUACAGCCUGAAAAGGAUACAGUAAGCACUACUAGUUCAGUAUUGGUUGAAGAAAAAACCUCCUCACCAGUUCCUGAACAUAUUAUUGCUUUGGACACUAGUACAAUAGUUGAAAGUUCAAAGGACGCUGUCAAUAAAAAUACUGCAGAACCUAACAGAGAGUCUACCACAAUUAUGGAGGUACCCAAGACUUUUCCACAGUCUUCAGAAAAUUUAAAUUCAGAGGCGGCGCCUGAGGCAAUAAUUACCGAUUCUUCUUCAACGGAAAUAAAAAUGGUUCAGAACGAAGAUAAUUCAAUGCUCAUCACACCUUCAAAUAUUGCAGAAACCACAACAGAAGGCGAGGAAUCCUUAGUCCCUAUACCAACCAGUACUUCGGGAAUAUCCCUUGACCAGAAGCGAAGCCCAAAACGAUUCUCAAAGAUUCCUGUGAGAACCCUUAGUAGUAAUAGUCUUAGAAGUGAAAGUAGAGCCAGCAACAGAACACCCGAAGUAGAAGAGUCUCCUGUAGAAAAUGAAGCAACUACAACACAACCAGAAACAGCUAACGGAUUACUUACAAAUAUUGAAGCAGCUAAUACGUCUGGUAAUACUCCUCUUCCUGAAAAUGUACAAGAAGACAAUGUAGAUAUUAAGGAAGCUCAAUCUCAUGAAGAACCUACGGCAAGUCAUGAGGAAGAUAUUAUAUCCCAACUCCCAGAACAAAGUUUACAACCAGUUCAUGUAGAAACAGAAGCCCCAACUGUGACAGCCACUGCCGUAAGCCCUUCCCACUCUGAUGAAGUGUUUGAGGAUGCCCCCGAGUUCAGUGGCAGUGAGGGCACAAAGCCAAACGACGAAGGAACCUCUGAUACCGAGCUCUACAGUAUGGAAAGUGAUGAUCAUCAAACAGAAACCAAAACCGCCAACACCGAGGUGCUGCUUGUAUUAGAAGACGAAUCCCAAGUGGAGUCCUCAAUCGCUAGGACCAGUAGCAACGCCAGCAUUGGGUCCAAUUCAAGUCAAUCGGAAACAUCCAAGAUAGUGCUCAAGGAAUUCGUGCCGUCCGGUGAUCCCUCCAAACAAAAUCUAAGCGAGCUUGUGGAGGACACUCAGCGAUUGAUCAAGCAGAUGCGCGAGGAGAUCAGCAUGGAUGAGUUCGAAUCCACGGACGAGGAUGAGUACUCUGACGAGUACUCGGAUGAGUACGACGAAGGCGAGGAAGAGGAGUGGUAUGACAGCGAGGGCGAAGAGGAGGGAGACUAUGAGGGUGAGGAUGGGAAUACCUAUAACGAGCAUACAUCCUUUAUCGAAGAGGCCUCCACCGGGGACGAAGGCACUGAGAUUGAAGACAUCAUGGAGGAGGACGAAGAUCAGUUGGAUGAAGACGACGCGAAUCUUACACAAACCGCACCAGUUCACGAACCAGUCAUCCCGCCCUCCUCAUCAGUCACGCCCACAAACCAUGAUGCUGAUCCAGUCGCAGAGACUGAGGUUGUUUCCUCCGCAGGAACCACUCCAGCGGUGAUAAGGGAUUUACUUCCAAAGGAAACCACCUUACCCCAGGCAAAUGUUCAGGAAGAAACCAAAGCCGAAUCUCUGCCCCCACCGGAAGUGGAAAGUCUUCCAGCGGAAGAGUCGCCAGAAGUAGUAGAGGACGUUGUACCCGAAGCACAAACUCCCACAGAAGCUGUGUUGGAAUCAGUCGAAGAACCUGCUGCCCUACCCAUAAUAUCCGAUCCACCCAUUGUCGAUUCAGAGUCCCGACCCGUGGAACUGGCCGUGGAGACGGUGCUGGAAGAGCCCAAAAAGGUAACCCCGAGCCCAAAAGCCAAAACAGUGAACAAAACCACAGGCAACACAGAGGGAACCACACCCAAGACAGUUAAGUCCACAGUCAGUAAGAUACCCAAGCCCACUACUGAACCCACUCCCGUAAACAAGAAGCUUCCGCUCCGGUCCAAGUCCUUCUCGGCGCCCAUGGGCAUCUCAUCCGUAAAGCGCAUCCAGCAGGAGUACCUUCAGAAGCAAACUACUAACGCGGCCAGUCGUGUGCCGCUCAAGAGCACUCCGACUACCAAAAAGUCCAUAAGCGAUGCCAUCAGCCGGUUCAACUCCAACUCCUCGGAUGGACCCAGCACCAGUGGUGCAGCAGCGGCGGCAGCGGCUCUCUUGAAGCCACGAUCCCAGCCCCGAAUCCCAAAGAAAAAGUACCACGAAACGUGCUUCUCCGACGACGACUACGAGACCUCGGCCACCGAGGAGGAGCAGGAGGAUCAGAGCCAGGCUGAGCCCUUGAAAUCAGAACUGCUAAAGCGUAAGCUGAGUAUGCCCGUCUUCCGGGCAUAUCCUAGUGUCCAAGAGCCGGUUAUUGAGGAACCAGCGGUCUUGGCGCGAAAGUAUGUGGAGCAGGAGCUGGUGAAAUCUAUUGCCGAAGCCCAGAUUGCGGCCACCUUGGUGAACAUGAAGUUCCAGGAGGACGUGGCGUUAUGGGCAGCCAGGGAGUGCUCCGACCUGGACCAGGCCAUUGCCAUGCUCCAGCAAGAGUGUGAACUGUGCAUGAACAGCUAUCCGAUGAAUCAAAUAGUUUCCAUGCUGAAAUGCACUCACAAGUGCUGUAAGCAAUGCGCUAAAAGUUACUUCACAGUGCAGAUCACCGAUCGCAGUAUCAACGAUUGCAGUUGCCCCUUCUGCAAACUGCCCGAGCUGAGCAACGAAGCCCAGCAUGAGGACGAGCACCUGGAGUACUUCUCCAACCUUGACAUCUUCCUAAAGAGCAUCCUCGACGGCGACGUUCAUGAGCUAUUCCAGCGUAAGCUCCGCGAUAGGACACUCCUGCAGGACCCCAACUUUAAGUGGUGUAUCCAGUGCUCCUCCGGAUUCUUUGCUCGGCCAAAGCAGAAGCGUCUCAUCUGCCCUGACUGUGGCUCCGUAACCUGCGCCCAGUGCCGUAAGCCUUGGGAGCGCCAGCAUGAGGGAAGCAGCUGCGAGGCCUACCUGGAGUGGAAGCGGGAGAACGACCCGGAGUUGCAAGCUCAAGGGGUUCAGGAGCAUCUUGCGCAAAACGGCAUUGACUGCCCCAAGUGCAAGUUCCGAUAUUCGCUGGCCAGAGGCGGCUGCAUGCAUUUCACCUGCACUCAGUGCAAAUUCGAGUUCUGCUACGGCUGUGCCCGACCCUUCAUGAUGGGCGCCAAGUGCACUGUGUCCACUUACUGCGCCAAGCUGGGCCUGCACGCCCACCAUCCCCGAAACUGUCUCUUCUACCUGCGCGACAAGAUUCCCAUGCAACUGCAGUUCUUGCUGAAGGAACAGAAGGUCAAGUUCGACACGGAACCCAUACAGACCAAGGACGAGUCGAGCAGUUCCUCGAAAGCCCGCGCACAAGCUCGGUGUCCUAUUCCCCUGCAAAAGGAGACUCCCCAGGGCCUGGUGGAUACGGUGUGCAAUACCGAGGUGCCUGACAAGCACGCCGGCAUGUGUCGCACCCACUACGUAGAGUAUUUGGCAGCCAAGGUGGCAAAAGCUGGCAUCGAUCCACUGCCCAUUUUCGAUCUGACGGACUGUGUCCAGGAGCUGCGUAGGCGUGGCAUCGCCCUGCCCGAGCGCGGCCCCUGGGACACCGACGAGAUCUACAAAAACAUGUGCUCGGAGGUGAUCAAGAAGCAUAUUCCCCUGAAAUCGGCCUAAGAAGAAGCCCGGGAGAGAAGGAGUACAAGAUAUUCUGGAAGCGCUCGACUGUGGCAAUUUUUCAUUAUUUCAUCGACAUGAUUUAUAGUAGUUCUUUUUAUACAGACAUUUUCAUAGACCUCUACCCAUACACCAAAGAAAAUUUACAUCUUAGACAGCUCGUUAGAUAUUAGUUAUAUGUACGCUUGCACCAGCUCACUUACACACCCAUUUUGAGAAGCAUCCCAUCUUGUUUAGUUGCUAAGAGAUUGAAAACAUCGGCCCCAAGAUCAGCACGUGUACCAAACUGCAUCCAAUAAACCUUGUGUGUGAAAAUCGAAUGCAA